AUGUCGAACCGCAAGUCUUUCAGAAACAGAAAGAUUGACAACAAGAAACCCAUACGUAUAUACUUAGAAGAUGAAAUAACUGACCUUGACGAACUCACUGGAGUUGCUCGUAGCGUACCCGUUAUUGAAACAGGAGUAGACAAAGAUGAAGAGGAGGAACUCCACCUUCAAGAAGCAUUAACAGCCGCAUCAGCAGUAUUAGCAACGGGUGAUUUAUCUAAAGCAGCAGUAAUACCGACUCCACACGCACGUCGUGAAGUUCCAAAUUACGAAGAAUUAUAUGGCAGCAAGACAUGGACAGAUCCGUGCAGCUUAAUAAGAUUCUCUACACCAAUCGAAGAAUGCAUUGGAUGUCCAUAUACGCUCGAUGAGGAGGAUGAUCGAUGGCUGGCGGAAUAUAACAAGAAUGCACAGCCGGCCGCACGGAUAAGCGAAGACUAUUUUGAAAAAAUAAUGCAUCAAUUUGAUCAAAGUUCUAAGCGGAACAUAAUGGAUCUAAAAGAACUUCCAACGUGGGAACAGAUGGAAAAAUCGUGGAACGAGAAAUCAAUGAUACCAAAAUCGUUAGCACAAAUUGUGUACCCUCACUGGAAAGAACGACGUAUAAAGCGCGGUGGUCGUCCGAUUAUACCAAGAUUAAAACUUGAGGAAACAUCUAGAAAUGAGAAUGAUCCGUAUGUCUGUUUCCGCCGACGAGAACUCAAACCACUCCGCAAGACACGGCGCACUGAUGCUCAGUCAUUAGAGAAACUACGUGGUUUGCGGCGUGACAUUGCUCUUGGUAGUCGGUUAGUGAAUAUGAUCAAAGACAGAGAAGGCACACGAAAGGAGAUUUUAUCUUUAUCAAAUACCCAGUUCGAAAAGAGGUAUUUAAUGAAGAAAAUGCAACAGCGACUUGGUAUUCAGGAAUUCGAUCAGGAUCUUAAAGAGAAAAAGACCCGAAAAAUGUCUUAUACAGACGACAGGGAUAACGGUCAAAUACGAAUAGCGACACGAAGAGGUUCAACUCCCGCAGAUGUUGGAUAUGUAGACCUUACCGAUUAUCCUUACCAAAAACCACGCAAGUCUCUUUCCGUUUCAUACUAUCGCCCCAAUUUACGUAGCCGUACGGACUCCCAAUCACACAGCCAGCCGUUUAGAACGUCAUAUGUCCGCUGCCGUAUCGGGAGAGGUGGUCGUCGGUAUUUGGACCGUCGAAGUCUUAGAUCACCAACUGUAACUGCUUCUACCAAUAAGAACAUAUACACAUACGAUGACUUUAUGUAUGAUAAAGACGAAUUCAGCGACUAUUCAGAUGAUUUGAGCGAUGUACAGCAAGAGGAUCUUGAGAGAAGACUCGCUCGAUGGUCGAUAUUGACAGAGGAAGACUUGCAAAACCUCAGUGCCAGGGUUAGACUACCUCAAGUACAAUUGCACGCCCAGUCGAUGGCACAAUCGAACGACAACCAUAACUAUUCAACGAUCCCAUCGAACGUGAACUUGUCGGCAAACCCGUUCAUUUCAAACGCACACGCCCGUCUUCUCCGACCACCUCAACCAUUACUCAACCGAAUAACUAAUCAAGCUGCUAUAGUAAGACGCCAACAAGUACAGCAACCAUCACCACAGAGAACACAACAUCAGCAGCAACCGCAGCAACAACCGCAGCAGUCGCAACCACAGCAGUCACAGCAACAACAUCAGCAACAGCAGCCGCCGCAACAACAGCCGUCACAGCAACAGCAACCCCAACAGCAGCAGCCACAGCAAGUGCGCCCCAUGCGUGUGGGACCUGAUAGUCAGACAAUACACAGUUUAGUAUCGUCUCCAACAACGAACGUUGUACGCAGUCCGAUGCAAACAGCAGCACAAGUAGUGGGAACUAAUGUUCAUCGGGGAAUACAUAUGUCCAAUAUGCUACAUCGUCCGGUGCAGCUAGCGAACAGUGCUGCUCAACGUCAGAAUCCCAAUUCUAACACUGCUUCUACCACAUCCAAUGGUCUUACAUCGAAUGCGAGUGUCCUCCUAGCCAGUAUGAAAAUGGGGUUGAAUGCCAAACUAGCUCAACGGCUAGUAUUAAAUGGUGUUCCUGGGUUGUCACCAUCAACUCAUCUCCAUACAACGCAUAUCACACAACCACAACAUAUACAAAUACAUUCACCAAUGCUAACUGGACAUCAUAACCCAACCACAAGUUCGCCGCUUAGACAGAAUGUGACUAUAACAGGAAGUCCAUUGAUGGGGAACAAUAAUCUUGUAGGGAAUGGAUCGCCUGUAAGCAUAGCGUCAUCAUUAGGGUCGCAGUAUCACCCAUCAUUAACACAGUCUGUACCUCAAACUUCCACACAUCACCAGAGACCAUCGAGUUGA